AUGGAUAUCCAUAUGUUAUUGUAUCCGAUAAUGCUCAAAUUUUUCAAAGUGACGAUUCACACCUACAGUUCCAAUCAUGGAAUUUUCCAAAAGUUUAUAGCUCCAGGACACCCUGCAACAAAUGGUCUUUCAGAAAGAAAUGUACAAACCUUAAAGAGGAAAUUAAAAGCUUCAUUCCUCGAACAAACUUCAAUACCAUUCAAGGUUCAAAACAUAUUGUUUCGCUAUAGAGCAACCCCUCUAGCUUGUGGCAAGUCUCCAGCUGAAUUAUAUCUAAACAGAGAAUUUCGUAUUCGCUUGAACUCUAUCUUCCCAUAUCAUCCAACAACAUCAAAAAUUUCCAGUGGUCCUGUGAGAUCUUUUAAAGUGGGGGAGAGAGUCCAGGUUCGAGUCUUCAUGAACAACCGAAACGUCUGGCAGUUUGGAAAAGUGAUAAAAAAGUUUGGUUCACGCCAUUAUUUGAUUAGGCUAGAUUCCGGACGACAACUGAAAAGACAUAUUAACCAACUGCAUUCGACCGGUGUGCCAUUGCGCCUUGAGGAGGACCCUUCUCAAGAGUGCCAUUCUAAUGUUUCCAGUGAUUCAAGACAACGUACUGUGGUUUUUGAUGUUCCACGGAUUCCAGAGAAAGCUCCUGCAAUCUCCUGUGACAACCAGAAUGCUCCCGCGGCAACCCAGAAUACCAGCCAACCUAUUGUGCCAGUGCCUCGCCGCUCUCAAAGGAAUAUAAGACUUCCUUCAUACCUAAGGGACUAUCAAUUGUCUUAAGGGUGUUUCUUAAUUAACUGGGGGAGACUGUGAGGACUCUCCUCUUCUCUAU